UGGAGAAUAGCCCCUUGGAAGACCAUUUUCCACUACAAACAGCUGGUUUUCCACUUCCAUGUUAGUUUUCGGGAGUGUAGUCCUGGUCAAUGAGUAGCAGUGAAGCUCUCACCAUGGUAUCCAAGAAGAGGCAACUACGCAACUUUGCCAGAGCAUGCCAGCUUAUGAGCGUGUUGCCAAUGAUUGCACCGACCCUGUGGUGGUUGAUGAAGGGCUGAUCUCCAGUUUGCUCGAAGAGAGGCACCAUUUUCGUACACAAAGAAAGUGGGAAGAGGCCGAUUCGAUCUUCAGAGAUCUCGUAGCAGCUGGCGUGCUGAUUGACGACAAAAAGAAAACCUGGAAUCUGGGCCCCCGAAGAUUGCCAGAGGACCCGAAGGAGGUCUCGGGGCACGUGAUGUGCGAGAUGUGCCGGAAGCGCUUCCGCUCUCGUAACCAGCUCUUCAAGCAUCUUCGCCAGCCUGGCCCAUGUGCUCUUGAUUGCUUCGACCCGCUGAAUGCUGAUGAGGACAAAAUGGCCAAGAAGGUGAAGGUCAAUGCAACAAAGGUGGCAAAGCCGCCAGGGUUAGGGAAGAGAUAUCCAUUGAAACGUCUUGGCCCAGCUCGCCAUGCUGAUGCAGAGGCUUGCCUGUGGCUCGGAGAUCUUCCCACUGCUUGGGCACAGCGCCGACGGAUUGGACAGAUGCUGUAUCGCUUUAGUCCCGCAGGAGUUCAGCAAGCUUGGGUAAAGCGAGUGGUGAAACGGCAGUACAAGAAUGCGCAAGGGAAGAGUCUUGGCUAUGCGAUUGUUUGCUACCGUGAUGCAGAGGAAGCUGACCUGGCUAGAAAAGUCUUGGAUGGUUUGCAUAUCUCUGCCGAAGACGCGCUGGGCGCACAAUGUGCCUCUGUGGAGUCCUUCAUACUUCGUGCACGUCAGGCUGAACAUGGAGACUCGGCAGCUGCGGUGCCCAAGGAUCCUUCACCCAUAGAACAGCUGCGCCCACUUCCUUUGUCAGAGCUGCAACGACGGGUGGGGGCGAUCGUCGAGGAUCAGACAGUUCUGGAAGCUGCAGCAGGCUUGUUAGCGUCUCAUCCCCGUAAGGCUCGCUGUACAAAGGGAAUUAAGCUUCCCAAUGAUUUGUCUGUACGACUCUUGAAGGAAUUACAGUCUUUGCGCUGGCCUGCAAAAAACCAAAGGCCCUGUCUAACAAGCGAACGCUACUUGGUGCUUCACAGCAAUGUCAAGGACUGUUAUGGCCCCCUCCGCAAUUUGUGUGCUGAGCUAAUGCGCUGGGCAGAUCCCAAUUUCUACUACUCUGGUGUUGCGGUCACAAAGAACUUCAUUUCCUCUCCGCAUGUUGAUGAACAAGACAAGAGCUUCCAGUUUGCAGUUUCUUUGGGAGACUUUUGUGGAGGAGAGCUAUGUAUUGAGGAAGACCCGCUGUCGAUUGCGGUCAUUGACACUCGUGACCGGAUUGCAUGCAUUGAUGGGCGAUAUGUGCAUUGGGUAAGGACCUACACAGGAGUCCGCUACAGCUUGAUUUUCUACGACACCUCAGAUAGGCUGGCAGCCCAUAGGGUGUUGGGUUGUGUUUCAAUACUACAUCUCUUUGCAUUUAAUGUCCCAAACAUGGCUAGUCCGCCCAGAAAAUCUUUUAAGCAAGACUGACUUCCAAGCAAGAGUAAAGACUGCUUUGGUUCCUUCCCAGGUGUCCGCGCCCUCGAACUGCUGCAGUGCAGGACGAUUGGCAACCCUUUGGCCAAAGCACCAUGGCAGACUGCAAAAAGACGAAGGCGUGCCACUGCUGGGAUUUUUUGUGUGCCCUGGAUGGCGUCCAACGUUUGUGGA